UUCUCGCAAUGACGAACUUCCGCCAUUUUUGCGUACUUUCAAUUAUCCCACACAUGCAUUCAAACAAACGAAACAAUGUGAAAAGACUCAAACCCACUUUCCGUAUUUGCAGAAUAUAAAUUUUCUCCUUAAAAAUUAUUGUCGCUGUUAGGUGUCUCAUGCUAAGAAAUUUUAGUGAAAAUUAAACAAAAAUAAAAUGAGGGAAUAUUGGUCAUAAUAGGAAAGGGUAUGAUCAGCGCGCGCGGUGAGCAUGCUUUAUUGGAAAAACAAUAUCAGCGCUAUUUCCUCUGAACUUGGAAUAAAAAUGGCAAUGCAUGACACAUUAUUCUGCUGACAGUCAUUUCCCCUGACUUACUCAAUAAAUACACGUCCAUCAUUCAGAUGGUCACAACAAUAUUCACUUACACAAAGAGGCUAGUCGUCUGCGCUGCCUAAUUUGAAAGUCGCGCCUGAUUAGGGUGAUAAAGAAAUCGCAAGACUGAAGUUUUACUUCGCGUGAAAGAUGUUUUGUUUUACGCGAGCAUUGAUAACAAUAUUUCUGCUGUUAAAUCAUAACAAUCCUGCAGCAUCUCGGAGCAUUGAAGGGGCCAAAAAGCAAGUGAAAGAAGAAAAACGCGAUCAUGAAGAGACAGCUGCAGCUGCAAGAAACCAGACAGGUUCAUCAGUGGCACACUCCCGACAAAAACGAGGAUGGGGGGCUGCUUUUAAAAUUGCCGCGGAAGGAAGCUUUGCAGCCAGCACUGGUGUCACCAUAUACACACAGAUAACAAAGUGCAACGACUUCUAUCCGGUGCCAUGCGAGAGGCAGCCAUCAUGUGAAACUUACGAUUGUCCAGAUGUUUGUAAAACACCUGAUGACAAUGAUGAAUACUUGCGAGAACAGAAAGUCGAAAUUAAUGAAUUGCUUGAUGCAAUGGACAUUACAACAUUGAAUGCCCAGCAACUGGCAUUAGAUUCGCAAAGUGUGAGUCUUGCAACGGAACAGAUUUAUAAUAAAAUAGAUAACAUUAAUGGCAAGGUUGAUCGAUUCAUGUACGCCUUAGCACAAGCCGAUCGUAACGUCAGCGCAGAAUAUGCAGCGAGAUCAGUAGAAAUCCAGGCUUUAUUAAGAGAUGCGCGAUUCAGCAUUGACGAAAUAGUUGGAAGAGGUGAAGUUGAAGGAAUGUUUGAUCGAUGGACUUGGGAGGGAGAUGGGCUGUUAACGCUGUCUUUAGCUUUGCCGAUUGGAGCCAAAAUGACAGAAAUGGUUAGACAAAGAUACGCCGUCAAUAAGAUGUAUUCAACGAUGAAAGCUGAUUUUAUAGCAAAAGUUGACGCGCAAAAAGGAGGCAGUCUUUAUAAGUCAUUCCGACAUGAUAUGUGGGUGAAAAGUCUUCGAAACCCCCAUGUUAAAGCUCACCUUAAACAAUGUGCCAAACUAGAAUACAAGGCCCAGGUAGCGCGUCAAACACCAAACAAAUGGGCAACACGAUUAAAUUUAGCAAUGAACGCAGCAGUUGCAGCAUUAAGUAUUUGGAGCAUAUGGGAAGCAGUAUGGAGUUGUAUUGAUGUUGCAAACAACCUGCGAGAUGAGGCCCUUAAAAUAGCUGAACAACGGGACGAAAUCGAGGGAAUCAAUCAGAACGAGCUUCUUCCGCUUUGGGAAGAUGUUCAAACUGAGUCCUGGGGAGGAGUUAAGGAGAUGCUCGCGGGUGAAAACAUGACAGUAUGGUUGGAAGAAAUAAAGAAUCUCACACUUAAUGCUGCAGAUCCGAACAUCACGACAGCGGACACAAUCGAUCGUUUUAUUGAAAACAUUGAAGCGGCUGGUGUUGAUGAAACAAUGACAAUGCAAAACAACCUCAUUGAAGCCUUGGAUAGCAUCGGUUACAAGUACGAUUGCUUAGGAGAUAAAAUCCACGCUAUAAAUACUGUUAUAAUCGACUGCAAAGCUGGCGACGACACCCUUGAAAACCUUUACAAUGAAGUGGCUGUUAUCAGAAACGAGCUGAACAGAGAUGACUGUGUGGACGAUGAUAUGGUGCCGUACACGUCCAUUGAACAGUUUCGAACGAUAGUUGAUGCAUUUGCAGAGCACGAGGGGGACUGGUCCAGCACUUGUUUAUUGAACAGUCCUAGUCUUAGUUACCAGGUUUGCAAUGAAAAUCUGCAAGGUUUCGACAACAAUGCCAUCGUCGAGAAUGUGAAUAACACGGAUGUCACACUUGAAGUAGUGGAAACGAUCCUAACACAAUGUCCCGACCCUGAUAUCACCCCCACUUCCAUUUCGACGACAUGCACUCUGUACUGCUUGUACAGCACUGUCGCAGAAAUCGCACCUCAAGCACUAUUGAAAGAGUACCAGGUAGAAAGUGUGAUCGAGGAUUGUCCAAUUUGUGACUUUGAAUAUAAAGAUGUGACGGAGAUUUGCAAACAGCACUACUGCGAUUCUGUGAAUACCACCGUCAUCAUGGACGAGGUUGAACUACCGCGUCCAACUGUGGAAUACGUUAUCGCAAACAAUUGCUCUUCAAAAUGCAUCAUCUAUGACGAAGACGUGCAAGAGGAAAUUUGUGAAGACAGCGAAUGCAAAGGAAUAACUUCGAGUACCAUUGCUGAUGACGUCAGCUAUCCAGAGACGGCAGUCAAUGACGUCAUAUCCAAUUGUGAUACCAUCUUGCCGACCUGUCCCCCGAUUGACGAUACUACAAAAGGCCAAAUUUGCCUCUUAUAUUGUCUCCUAGUUCCUACCCAAACUAUUGCAGAGACUGUCACCGUGAAAGACACUCGAGUUGAAGAGGUGAUAGAGGAUUGUCCCAUAUGCCAUUACUCCGGGAGCGAAGCAGAAGAAAUCUGUCACAAGUAUUAUUGUGAAUCGGCAAACACCACGAGCAUUGUGAGCGAUGUUGAACUGCCGCUUCCAACGGUGGAGUACGUGAUCGCCAACGAAUGCGGGGGAAAAUGCGUCAUUGAUGACGAUGACUUGAAAAAGCAAAUCUGCGAGGAAUACAAGUGCAACGAUAAAUCCGCUGCUACCAUAGCCGCUGACAUCAGCUAUCCAGAGCAAGCCGUGAAUGACGUCAUUCCUAAUUGCGACACGAUUCUUCCGGAUUGUCCUGGGAUCGACGAUGCAACGAAAGCUAGCAUCAUACAGUUAGGUUGUUCUUUUGGUGUUCCAGCAAGUGCGAUUGCAGCAUCGUUUAGUCUUACAGUGGAGGAAGUACAAGCCAUUCUCGACGAGAACUGUUAACUACGAUGAAUCGUCAUCUGCGUGUAUGCGUCUUUACUGACUGGUCUGAUUGUACAAAUUAUCUACACGAACAUAGUUGUGUAGGACAGCCGGUUUAGUCUGUAGUAGUUUUUUAGUUUUCAAGUCUUGCUUGCACAUGCCCAUUGCAUGAAUGAAGUAAUUUUGUUAGCGUAAUUGUUUGUUAAUAAAUUUAUGAAAAA